AUGGAAAGUGCAGUACUUUCAAGGCCAGAGGUAGAGUGUGGAGUUGAUUCAGUAACCAUCCAUCUCCAAUUGUUCCCCCUUUUCCGUGGAAGAUUGUUUGUCCUUGGGCACAGUCAUAGUGAACGGUGUCAGCAGGGCGCCGAGACCGAAUCCAGCACAAAGUUCACUCUUCCAUUCGGUGCAUGCGGGAUGCGACGCGUUCGCUCACUUCACCCACGAGGAGUUACUUACUCGUUUUCGCUUGUUGUAUCUGCUCAUCCAGUAUUUGUCACCGGUGCUGAUCGGGCGUUCGCAGUGAAAUGCUUCUUCCGGGAGGAUGUUCGGGAUUUGCAUCAGAAAGUGGAAAUCGGAGCCUUAUCGACCGAGUCACUUGAUGAGGAAUUCGAGCCGCCUCGAUGCACCUAUGAGCUCCGUGCUGAAUCAGGAGAAGAACUGCAAUUUGCCCGUGUCGGUCAGCCGGUUGUUCACUCGUGGACUUGCCAUCCUGAUGUCCCUUCGGUCUUCGGCCUCUUGAUCCACAGCUGUGUGGUCGAGGAUGGGAGUGGAGAACACUUUGAGCUCAUCGAUUCAAAUGGUUGUUCAACGGAUCCCCUCCUGCUGCCACCGCUCGACUACGCCGUCCAUUCCCUCGCCGCCCGUGUCCAUAGCCGGAUUUUCAAGUUUGCUGAUAAGGUCCAAGUCUACUUCCGGUGCUCUGUACAAUUGUGCUUUCGACACGAUGGAGGCUGUGAGGGAGUGACGCCUCCGAUUUGUCAUGGUGGACCCGAGCAAGGUUCCGGGUCCAAUCUGGCGAUUCCACCGGCCAAUACAGGUGAACACGCGGCUGCGAAAGGGAAUACGAUUUUGAAGGGCAAACCGAUCCUCGUCGCCAACAAUAUCGAGAAAAUUUCGCAGACAACUCCAACCACGCCCGAAACUCGACAUGUACGAGCCUUGCAAUCUGAGCUCUCCGUCGAUGUCCUUGUGUUACCGUUUGAGAAAAGUUUAGAUGGAAAUGAAACUGCCCUGGAAUCGAGUUCUUCCCAACAACAAAUAUGUCUAUCGAAAAUCUCAACUCUUGCCCUCAGCACCUCAAUUUUACUCCUUUUCUUCAUCGGCUUUGGAUUGGGCCAUUUGCUCACAAGAAAAUGCUUUUUUGGAAUAAGAGACACGAAUCGAGAAUCGACUUAUAAAGCUUUUGAUCAA